UCGUCGAGUGGCAUCAUGGACAAGGUGCUCCUUCCUCUUCGCUAUUCAACCUGUUUACGCGGGCUGUGCCCGCCCGCCUUACCUUGCCACUAGCCUUGCUUAGUGUUGUUUACUCGCGUCGACUGUUCGCCACACCGGGCUUCGUUUCUCCUGCUCGAGAUCCAGCGCACAAGCAACCGGCCAAGUCUCGCAAUUACCCAGAUUUCGCUAAGAAGAACGAUCUUUCGUUUCGAAAUUAAUCGAACGACCAUCGGCAGACGAUCGCUCCUUGGAAGAGGCUAAAGGGAUGAACGGAUCGAGCGGACGAACGGAGAAUUCGUCGAAUCUUUCUCAAAGGAAUCGUCGAAAUUAUGCGAUUGAAACGGUUCGUUUGAUUUUACUGGGUUACGCGAUAGUUCCAUGUUGGGGGUCAACGAUGCCGAUAGAAAAGAAACACGAGACUCCUAUGCACAAGGUGGAGCUCACUCAGAAGGGAUACAUUCAGUUUCUACGGUGGGAGCUGCCAGUGCCGGAGUUGUCGGAGUUCACCUUCUGCCUGUGGAUGCAAUCGAACGAUCUCACUCACUCUCAUCCCAUAUUUUCCUACUCGAAAGACGAGCGAGAGCGACUGGUACGAUCGUGGAUAGCGCCACAUGGCAGGAGCAUUCACCUUGAGAUCAGAGGAAAACAGGUGCUCGCGAUGUCGACCGAUAUUCUAGAGAAUCGGUGGUACCAUUUCUGUCUCAGCUGGGAGAACCAGGCCGGGCUCUAUGGACUCUGGAUCAACGGCCAGCUCUGGGCUCAAGGCCAUUCCGAUGAGACGAUAGGACAGACGAUCCCGAGUGGAGGAGACAUCGUGCUGGGCCAGGAAUACACGGACUUUGACAAAGGGCUGGAGGACGGUAUCGAGGGUUCCGUAUUGGGCUUCAACCUUCUUUUAGCCUCGGCUUUCGAUAGCCCGCACACAGACUAUCAGCUCGAAGCCUCCUACGAUUCGACUCGGGUGUCCACCUCGAGUUACGCCACGGUUCCGCUUUUUGCGAGGAUUCCAACGAAACUGAUGCAACGCGCCAUCGAUUAUGGAAGGCGAACGAGAACGCCUUACACAUUCCUGCCGACUAAUUCCAAUAAACUUCGAGGACGUGGCUACGACGAGAACGCCGUGUCUCUGCCUCUGCUCACCGGCACAGCUAAAUCCAUCUCUUCUAGAACGACCGAUCCAUGGCGCGAUGCUACGAGCAUAGAACUGUCCAGGUUGCAAGAACAACCUCUAGGACUGCAAUUGAUAAAAUUGUCGUACACACACUGUGAAAUUGGUAGAGGAAGUCCUUACAUUGGUGGGAAGCUGAUGUUGAUUUCGUGGGCCAGAACUGCAGUUCGUAUUUUUGGUGGAGCUUUGUUAAAGAACGUUGCCAGCGAUUGUGGCAAUUUCUAAAAAUUUACAGUAGCAGCUCCUUCACACUGUACGAUACAAUCGAAAUUGCUGUGGACACAGCCAGUAACCACGUUUUCGAACGUAGAGAAAGCGAUUACAUUUAAAGAGUGGGGCAGUUGUAAGGUCGUCGUCGCCAAUAUGGCCAUACGCAUAUGUAUUAUAACGCGUGAAAGAUAGAAUAUUGGUGCAAAUGUAUUUACAUGUAAUGUCACAGUUACUCGUCGUAUCGAACUUCUAACGUCUCUGUAU